AUGACAGGGACUCGUCCGGAGACUCCACCACGCUACCGCUACAUUCGCAGUGGGACAAGCGACGACGAGCAGGAGAAUGACCGCAACGGCAACACGGUGCUGGCAGCACGGAAACGUGCAGGAUCAGUGGGAAGACCCGUGCUGAUUUCGCGAAGAUUGGAUCGUCAGAGGCACGGUGGCACGCACGUUCUUGGGGAGGCAGCGGUGCCUCCUCAAUCUGUUUUGCAAGCACCUGCUCUUUUGGGCUUGGGGUGUCUUGAUGCAAAUGCAUCAUUUGGGCUGGACAUGUUUACUCGCAGGCACCUGGACUUCGCUGCACGUGUCCCCAACGAGUCUCGCAACUGGAUUGGAAAUGAUCCAAUGGCAUUCAUCCCAGCCGUGCCAGCUGCACCAUCUUCUGCAUGGCCAUGCAUGGCGGCCAAGUCUGCAUGCCGAUCACAGAGUGUUGGGACAAACGUUCGCCGAGAGUCUGCAUUCUUACGGCCAAGUGGCACUUUUUUCGGUGCACCAGCGCCUGCACCCACCAUGGCGCCCCCGCCUUUGCGCCCCCACUCUGUCUUUUCUCAUGUUCCACCUCGCUGCAACUCUUUCUCUUGGCAGAGUGUUCCUGGCACAGCUUCCGCAUGCUUGCAAGCUGACGGACAAGAACACAGUGCGCCACCGCGGCCACCGCAGUCAGGGCCAGGGCCGUUGUUCGCGAAGCCAGAGCAAGAUGCGCAAGUUCAUGUGCAAGCAGACAGUUUCCAGAUCCAGCUAAGCACUCCUUGCGCUCACAGCAUCUUUCCGUCUGUGGAUGAGCAUCCCUCCACUUGGCAGCCGCAAAAACACACCGCCCUACAAGAACUACAGUGGCAGCAAGGCAUGCCAAGGCAGUCUGACAAGGAUCCUCAGCUCGUGGAGAAGCUCCAAUCGUCUCAGACAAAACAGGUGGAACACGAGCAGUCCAGUGGAGGGAGCUGUGAACAUGCAGAAGACCUGAAUUCAGUGCGAGAUGGCCAUGUCCCAAAGGCGAUGCGCAGCGCAUCACGCAGCAAGCCUGAGUUUGGAGGCUCCUUGCAGCCGCCACAGCCAUGGCCUGCCACGGGACCUCCACAUAACAGGUCGCAGAUGUCCUGCGCACGGAUUCUCAUCACUGGCGCGAGUGGCCUACUGGGACGGCAGGUCAUGAAGGCUUUCAGUACCUGGCAGGUGCAGGGUGUUUGUAAGCGGCGUGCAAACAUGUCCAACAUUGCCGCCUGCGAUCUAACCAACGAAGCUGCAGUUGCCCAGCUCAUGGAGCAUUUUCGACCACAUGUCGUCCUUCACUUGGCAGCCGAGUGGCGUCCCGAAGUGCUUCGUCAGCGUCCAGAGCAGGCGAGGCAGCUAAAUGUGGAUGCCACAGGCUUCCUGGCCACGGCAUGCGAGCGCCUGGGUGCUUGGCUCGUGCACGUCAGUGCGGACUGUGUCUUCGAUGGCACCUCACCUCCGUACACGACCAAUUCCAAGCCCAAUCCACUCAGCGAGUACGGUUGGCACAAGCUCCACAGCGAGCAGCUUGCACAAGCAGCUUGUCCACAAGCAGCGGUGCUCCGGGUCCCCCUUCUCUACGGACCGCUGGCAGCGUCCCUUUCAGAAUCGGCAGUGACGAGUUUAUGUGCCGAUCUGUCGAACGGCAUUCGUGAAGUGGAUGCUUGGCAACAAUGCUACCCUACUUGGACGGGCGAUGUCGCCAGCGUUCUGAAGAACAUGGUUGAGCUGCAUUUGGCCGGAGAGUGUUUGCAGGGCAUCUAUCACUUUCAAAGCAGUGAGCGAUUCACAUGGCACGAGAUGAUGCUGAUCGUGGCAGAGGUCGCCGGGUUGGAUGCGUCUGGCAUCUCUGCCGUGCGCAGCCCACCCGCGACAUCCCUCCCACGAGACACCCAGUUGGACUGCUCCCGUCUGACCCAACUUCUGGGCCGCUGUCCUGAGACGCGCCUCCGCGAUGGCCUGCGGCAAUGCUUGCCCUGCUUUCGUGAUGCCUGCGCAACACAAGCGGAGCAGGCAGGGGGCGCCGUGGAUCCUGACCCCAGGAAUCACGGUGCAACACUGCAGAAGGUCUUCUGGGAGGAGCUCGAGCGGACACGCCGUCGUCUGCGACAGGCUGGCAUCAACCAGCAGCGAGCACGUGCAGAAGGGAGGAGUCGUGGCCGCGACGUUGGCGCCGACAUGCUUGCUCCACCAGGUGAACAACGCCUGUACGAGCAGCAGGAUGAAGCGGCUGUGUGGGGCUCAGCAGCCCUUGACCUGGAGCGCGCCCUGAACAAGGUGAGGCGAGGAGAACGGAUUGUCUCCUUAUUUCAGACUGGACCCGGCCAGGGUGUCGGCGAUGCUGGGGCGAUCCAGCUUGCUGAGGCUCUUCAUGGAUGCCAACACCAGCCUUUAAAUCAAGGUUUGGUGUUGUUCAGGCUCCGCGGGCAUCAGGCUGGAUUUUGCCAAUCUGCAGUCACCACCAACACCAUGGUGGAUUUUGUUUUGCCACAGGUCAGCAGCUACAUCGAUGGCUGGGGCCCACCACCUCAGGGCGAACUUGAGACCCCUUUGGGCAUUGGUGAUUUUGUGGAUCACCUGGAGAAGUUUCCGGUGACACGCAUCGGCCGAGUUUGCGACUUCACUGCUUCCGGGCAGCGCUACCAGGCGGAAAGAAACAAAGGCAAGGGUGCAAAAGGAAUUGGCAAGGGCAAAGGCCCGAUCCAAGCUUUACAGCCAGGCAAGGACGAGGAAGGCUUCUCGCUAGUUGACAGCCGGCCCGUCCCGGGCAAAUCAAGCGGCAGAGGGCGUUCCUCAGGAAUGAAGGGCAAAGGAAAAAGCAAAGGCAUUGCUUCCAAUUACCAGGAGGGUAUCCUGGGUCAGAAGCAGAAGCCGUACUACCAGGCAAAUCAAAAUCAAGCGAAGGGCAAGGGCAAGAAGACCACUGCUACUCGCAGGGGCAUGCCUUCCUUCAAGGAAUGGUCUGUGCAAACCAGACCAGAGUGGUCGCUCAUGAGAGAGAUCAUGCUCACGUCACUAGCCAAACUGCAGAUUGACGCCAAGUUGGUGGAGUUUGAAGAUGUGCAUUGGGCCGGAAACCUUCCGACUUACUGCAAGACGUUCGACCGUGUGACGGCCAAGACGGAGCGACCUAUGAAGCGAUUUGAGGAUCUGAAUUUCUUCAAUGUCACGACGUCGGAUGACCCAAUCCUGCCGGACCUGCUUCAGUCUGACGAUUCCGUCACCGUGAUCGCAACUGAUCAUGUUCUAGCCUGCCUCGUCGCAGCAGCCAGGUCGGUGUACUCCUGGGACAUCGUGGUGUCAAAGGUAGCCAACAAGCUCAUAUUUGACAAGCGAGAUGGUUCGCAGAUAGACUUCUUGACUGCUCGGUGCCCAGACCUAGAGAUGAUUUAG